AUGGAUCCUUUGGCUGAUAUGGACGACAGCUCGACGGACGACGAUGCAGCCUCACAGACUACUGAGGACGAUCCCCAGGUCCCAGACAACAAAUCUCCUAUGCCUAUGCCUCCACCACAACCAGUCCUAGCACCUGUGCCUCCUGCAAACCAGACCAGUGCUCCUCCUCGAGAACGGCCUCACUAUGAAUUGCGACACGUAAUUCGUGGGCAUAAUAAGAGCCUCUCUUCCGUAAAAUUUAGUCCCGAUGGGACUCUAUUGGCGUCAUCUUCUGCGGACAAAGUCGUAAAGAUUUGGUCACCGUUCACGGGGGAACUGGUUAGGGAUCUAAAAGGGCACACGAAAGGCCUAUCCGACGUGUCAUGGUCGUCCGACAGCGUUUACCUCGCGUCUGCAUCAGACGACACCACCAUCCGUAUUUGGGACGUUGACUCAGGCCUCAUACAUAAAACUCUGCGUGGACAUACGAAAGAGGUCUUCUGCGUCAAUUAUAAUAGUACCUCCACACUGCUCGUAUCAGGGGGAUGCGAUGCUGAUAUCCGCAUAUGGAACACAGCCAAAGGGAAAUGUGAAAAGAGGCUGGAGGCACACGUGGACAUCGUGACAGCGGUGCAUUUCAACAGAGAUUCGUCGUUAAUCGUUUCUUGCUCUUGUGAUGGCCUCAUUCGUAUAUGGAAUGCAAGCGACGGUCAGUGUCUGAAGACGCUGGCGGAAGGCCAUAAUGCUAUAUGUCAACAUGUUCAAUUUUCUCCCAAUUCGAAGUACAUCUUAUCUACAGCCCAUGACAACGCCAUCAGACUUUGGGACUACCAAACCGCCCGGUGUCUUAAGACAUACACCGGUCACGUUAACCACUUGUAUUGUAUUUCUGCUUGCUUCAGCGUCACUGGAGGGAAGUGGAUAGUGGCGGGAAGCGAGGACAAGAAGGCGUACAUAUGGGACCUUCAAACCAGAGAAAUUGUUCAAAUACUAGAAGGACACACAGACACAGUGGUGACCGUCGCAACACAUCCUUCACACAACAUGAUCGCCACGGGCGCAAUCGAAUCAGACUGUUCGAUACGGAUAUGGGAAGAUCGUGGCAACCAAGCAUAG